CAUGCCAAAACAAUCAGGAGUGCUUUGGAAUCUGAUGUCUAUGUGGGUAGUGCAUUAAUUGACUUUUAUGCUAAAUGUGAUAAAUUGGAAAGUGCCCAUCGCUGUUUCGAUGAGAUAUAUCAGAAGAAUGUAGUUUCUUGGAAUGCUUUAAUUUUGGGUUACUCAAAUAAAGGCUCUUCCACUUCUAUGUUUUUGCUACAAGAUAUGCUGCGAUUGGGCUACCAACCUAAUGAGUUCUCCUUCUCGGCUGUUCUUAGGUCAUCGAUUGCAUUGGAACUGAGGCAGCUACAUGGUUUAAUUAUAAGAAUGGGAUACCAGAAUAAUGAGUAUGUAUCAAGCUAUCUCAUUACCUCAUAUAUAAAAAACGACAUCAUAUCUGAUGCCCUGGUCUUCGUUACUACUUCUAAUGAUCCACUCUCUGUUAUACCCUCUAAUAUUAUUGCUGGGAUUUAUAACAGAAAUGGUCAAUACAAUGAAACAGUAAAGUUACUUUCUCUACUUGAAGAACCUGACAUUGUAUCUUGGAACAUAGUGAUUGCAGCUUGUGCUCGCAACAAUGAUUACAAAGUGGUGUUUGAGCUUUUCAAACACAUGCACAUGGUUUACAUGCAUCCAGAUGGUUACACGUUUGUUAGUCUUCUGAGUGUGUGUGCUAAUAUUUGCAACCUUGCUUUAGGAAGUUCUGUUCAUGCUCUCAUGACAAAGAGGAAUUUCAAUCGCUGCGACACAUUUGUUUGCAAUGUGUUAAUCAAUAUGUAUGGAAAAUGUGGCUGCGUUGAAAGUUCGGUGAAAAUCUUUGACAAAAUGACAAAUAAAAAUCUCAUAACCUGGACGGCUCUAAUUUCUGCCUUUGGACUUAAUGGUUAUGCUCAGGAGGCAUUAGAAAGGUUCAGAGAAAUGGAGUUUCUGGGGUUUAAGCCUGAUAGGAUGUCUCUCAUUGCUGUGCUUACUGCAUGCAGACAUGGUGGGUUAGUGAGAGAAGGGAUGGAGUUGUUUGGACAAUUGAGGAACUAUGGAGUUGAACCCGAAAUGGAUCAUUACCAUUGCAUGGUGGACUUGCUGGCUAAGCAUGGACAUGUUAGGGAAGCAGAGAAAAUGAUUCUCAGCAUGCCUUUCCUGCCAAAUGCAAUUAUAUGGCGUAGUUUCCUUGAAGGCUGUAAGAGGCAAGAAAUUGCAAAGGACCAAACAAUGGGACAUGUAAAUUAGGAUCAGCUCAAUAACACAUAUCCUGGAGAGGUAAUGUCACUGUUUAUUUGUGCAGACGAGUUAUGCUUCUCAUCUGAUCUGCUGUUAGGCCUAAUGUCUGCAAUUCAUCAGAUACUACACGAAAAGAUAUAUUCUUGGGAGGAUAGAUGAUUUUGGCUAGUAAAGGCCAGUCUGUGGACUCUGUGCUAGGCUGACCUGGAUGGAAGCCAAACAGAGCGGGGAAACAAAUCAAAGGAUGUUUCUCUGUCUCCUUGCUCGAUAUGAGGAUUACCCUUCUGUUAUAUACAUUCUGAUGAUAUAUGCUCUGCAGAGUACAGGUUUAUGAUGGCAUGUCAAUAAAUUAAGAGCCAUCACUUAUCCAUAUUUCUCUUUGAUUUGUGACAUCCAUAACACCUGACACUUUAACCCAUCUUCUGUUCUUCUUACCGUGUAUUGGCCAAGCGUGAUCCUCCCUCCUCCCUCCUCCCCCACUUAAGAUAAGAGGCUGUCUCUUCCGUAUACUCUAGAUUUCAAGGCACCAUGGUUCUAUUUAUGUCAUCCAUCUUCCGAGGCUGUUGAAGUCAUUAGCUGUUGAAUUGGCAAUGCUGAAUGUGUUUUCAAUGAAGGGUUCCAAAGAUGCUUUGUGAAAGAGGGUGCUGCUUGUGAUAGAUAAUUAUUAUAAAAAGGUAUGAGACUAUGAAAGGAAAGGCAAAAAACGAUUGUUUUGGAUUUAUGCCUAUAUAUUUUAAUAAUAGAAUGAGACUAGGAAUGAGUUUUAAUCGAGUCAAGCUAACGAGUUAACUCAGGCAAAAACGA